AUGACUACCCCAUCCAAAGAACGACCAAUAGUCCUCCUCGGCGCCGGGGUACUAGGCCGCCGUAUCGCCGCCGUUUUCCUCGCCGGGGGGUAUAAUGUGCAUAUCCGGGAUCCCAGCAAGCAAGCCCUAUCCGACGCGGAAUCCUUCAUCCAUACGCAACUACUCUCGUUCACAGCCAUCCUCCCGCAACAAGAAAAGACAUCGCCAGGCUCGUUGAAGACAUUCACCGAGAUUUCACCCGCAGUGCAGGAUGCCUGGCUCGUGGUGGAAGCCGUGCCGGAGAAGCUUGGGUUGAAGCGGGAAACGUUUGCAGAGGUGACUGCAUCUGCGCCAGCGGAUUGCGUCCUAGCGUCGAAUAGUAGCUCGUUCAAGUCGAGGUUUAUGGUGGAGGAUUUGGAGAAAGAGAGGAGGGAAAUGGCGCUGAAUAUGCAUUUUACUAUGCCGCCGGCAAUUCAGACAGUUGAGUUGAUGACGGAUGGUGAGACGAAGGAGGAAUUAUUUGGGACGUUGAGUGAGGUGUUGAGGGAGUGUGGAAUGGUGCCUGUUACGGCUAGGAGGGAGUCUACUGGGUUCGUUUUUAAUCGUCUUUGGGCUGCUGUGAAACGAGAGAUCCUCACUAUUCUCGCUGAGGAUGUUAGUACACCCAAAGAGAUUGACCUUUUGUGGGAGAACAUGUUCCAGUUGCCCACGAGUAAGCCGCCAUGUCGGUUGAUGGACCAGAUCGGGCUGGAUACGGUUGCCUUCAUUGAAGACAACUACAUCCAAGAACGAGGUCUGGAAGGCAAACAAACCGUCGACUGGCUACGGGAGAAUUAUAUCCAACAAGAAAGAUUGGGUCUCAAGAGCGAGAAUGGCGGGUUAUAUUCAGCAGGCAAAGAGAACAAGGAAGCAGGUGAAGCAAUAUACCUGCUGGACGUCGGUCUGGGCGCCAACAACCCCGAUAUCAGCGCCAUCCCAACAGCCGGCCGGAUCCUCAAGCUCACACCAACCACCAACUCUGUCGAGACACUGGUCAGCGGCCAAUCCCUGCCGGACGGUAUCGACAUCUCGCAGCGCACAUCGCGCAUGUUCUGGACAAACAUGGGCCGCGCUACAUCUACGUAUGACGGCUCGGUCCACUCUGCCAAUCUUGACGGCUCUGACGUCCGAACCAUUAUUCCCUCUGGCGCCGUGCAUACCCCGAAGCAGUUGGUUGUCGAUGAUACCAACCAGCACGUAUACUUCUGCGAUCGCGAGGGUAUGGGUGUGCACCGGUGCAACUACGACGGCAGCGACCACCGCGUCCUCGUGCAGACGGGAUCGCUGUCAGACCCCAAUGAGAAAGGUGACAUGACUCGGUGGUGCGUGGGUAUCACCAUCGACCCUACCCGCGGAUACAUCUACUGGACGCAAAAGGGUCCCAGCAAAUCCGGAAAAGGCCGGAUCUUCCGCGCAAAUGUGAACAUUCCUGACGGUCAGGCGGCGGUAAAUCGGUCUGAUAUCAAGCUGCUCCUGGAGAAUUUGCCUGAGCCCAUUGACCUUGAGCUGGACCAGGAGAACCAGGUACUGUACUGGACUGAUCGGGGCGAGCAUCCAAUCGGGUGUUCGUUGAAUUGCAUCAGCGUUGCUGGUGAUAAGGUUCGUCCGGAAGGUAAGGUGAUCAUGGCACGUCAAUUCCAUGAGCCUAUCGGGUUGAAAUUGAAUGCAAAGAAAGAGGUUAUCGUGGCAGAUCUGGGAGGAAGUGUAUACUGUGUUGGGCAGGGGAAGACCGUCAUUAUGCACGACCAAGGAAGCUAUACUGGCGUUGGCCUUUGUUCAUAGAUAUCGUGUACACAUUUAAAUUCCUUGUAAAUAAUGCACUUAAUAGACUCAAGACUAAAAUCAGGUCAGACAUGUGUAGGAAUGCAGGGAGUUCCGAU